GUCUGGUCAUUGGCUGAUGAAACAAGGUUGGUUGACUACAUUGUUGACGAGCACUCAAAAGGAGGCAAUGGGAUAAAUUUUAUGAAGACUUUCUGGACUAAUGCCGCUUUACAUAUGGCAGCUGGUCCAGUGCCUGAAGGUGCCCCCAAGACCUGUGAUUCCUGUCAGUCCAAGUGGGCGCUGAUACAAAAAAUGUACAAAGUUGUUGAUAAAAUGAAUGAUGCUUUGGGCUUAUCGUAUGACAUGGAGAAAGGGGCCAAUAUAGAUGAUGGAGGGGAGACUAUGUGGGCGGAUUAUAUUUCAGUAUGUAACCCUGAUGUGAGGGCCUUCAAGAACAAAGGGUGGCCCCAUUUUCAGAAGCUCCAGGGUGUUGUCCCAGUGACCACCAGUGGCUGGACUGGCUUCUAUGCCAGCCUGAGCAACACCAAACGCAUUGACCCCGAGCCAUAA